AUGCCUUCCAAAACAGCCAUUCUAGUCGUUGACAUCCAAAACUCCCUGGCGACAGAUCCAGGCACCAAAAUACCUCAUGCGGCCCGGGUCUGUGAGGCGGGAACCAGCAUUCUUCAAGUAGCUCGGCAGAUUCGAGACACCCGAGUACGGGAACAUAGUCUUGCUCCGGGCUUCAUCACCGUAUUUGUGCAGCACCAGGAGUCGCCAGAAGAGGGGCUGUUGGUCUUUGGAACAGACCCUUGGAGUUUGGUCUUCAAGCCACGACAAGGUUUGGAGAAUGGGGAGGACUUUGUUGUCGCAAAAUCAGUCCGCAAUGCUUUUUCCAACCCGGUGCUUGAGCAGAUACUCAGAGAGCACGGCGUGGAAGAGUUGGUCAUCUUCGGCAUCCAGAGCGAAUGCUGCGUCGAGGCCACCUGCCAUGGCGCCAUUGAUGCUGGCUUUGCCAUCACACUGCUUUCAGGGGCACACUCGACGUAUCCCGAACCCGAGGCCAGACCAGAAGAGAUUGAGGCACAGGUAGAGGCCCGUGUGCGGGCAAGGGGAGCGACAGUGGUCAGGUGGGAGGAUGCAGUCGAGGUAUGGGAGAAGAAGGGCCAGGUCCUCGGACCAUAUCAGUAG